GUAGCGGUAUGAAAGUCCUCAUCAUGCAUCCGAAGUUGUAAACUCUGUUUCACUCCUUGUACUCCGUCGUUUUCACUCUUCCCAAAUUCACCCCCCUUACAGCUAAGCUUUUUCCUUCAAUUCAAUUCUCCAGUUCAUAGCCCACCAAUCCAACAACAACUCAUUUCUCUUAGAUCUCUCAUUGGCAUUUACACCCUCCCCUCCCUCCAACCCCCACCUCAUCCUUCGUUCACCUGCUGACACUGACAGCCUUUCCAUUAACAUCUUCCCCUUUUUCUUUAAUUCCCCCUACUUCUAUAACUGUCACCAUUCUUGAACUAUGAAAAUAAUACAUACCCAUUAAUUAUUUUGACUUGUUUUUUCUUGGGUCUAAGUCUUUUUUUUUUGGAUCUGGGGUAAUCUUGAUUUUUUUGAUUAAAUGGAGAUGGAGGGUGUUGCUGAUGGGACUGUGAAAUUAGGGGCUUUACCAAUGAAGCCUGAUCGGGUUUUCCAUAAUUUGGAGCCUGAAUUUACUGUUUCUUCACCAGUUACACGCCAGAAAGCUGCUGCUGCUAAGCAGUUCAUUGAGAAUCAUUACAAAAAUUACCUUCAAGGCUUGCAAGAUCGUAAAGAAAGGCGAUGGGCGUUGCAGAGGAGGGCUCAAGAAGCACAGGUACCGAGUGAUGAGCAAGAGAAGAUGCUUAGGAAUUUGGAGAAGAGGGAGACUGAGUAUAUGAGAUUGCAGAGGCAUAAAGUUGGGAUUGAUGACUUUGAACAGUUGACUGUUAUUGGUAAAGGUGCCUUUGGUGAGGUUAGGUUGUGUAGAUUCAAAAGUACUGGAGAAAUCUUUGCCAUGAAGAAAUUGAAGAAAUCAGACAUGCUUACCCGUGGACAGGUUGAGCAUGUCAGAUCUGAGAGGAAUUUGCUUGUGGAAGUUGAUAGUCGGUGCAUAGUGAAGCUCUUCUAUUCUUUCCAAGACUCAGAUUUCUUGUACCUUAUAAUGGAAUAUUUACCUGGUGGAGACAUUAUGACAUUACUGAUGAGAGAAGAUGUUCUUUCUGAAGAUGUCGCACGGUUCUACAUUGCUGAGAGUAUUUUGGCUAUUCAGUCUAUUCAUCAGCACAAUUAUGUUCAUAGGGACAUAAAACCUGAUAACCUUAUACUAGAUAGAAAUGGCCAUCUAAAGCUUUCAGAUUUUGGCUUGUGUAAACCCCUGGAAGAUAAAUACUCAUCAAUAUUAUUGGAAGAUGAAGACCUUACAAAUGCGGAAUCCAUUAACGGGAGUGAAGGGCAUUCUGGCAGUGAUAGAGCUUCAUGGCCAAUGCCAAAAGAACAAAUACAGCAGUGGAAACGCAAUCGACGUGCCUUGGCAUAUUCUACUGUUGGAACUCUUGAUUACAUGGCACCAGAGGUUUUGUUGAAAAAAGGAUAUGGAAUUGAAUGUGAUUGGUGGUCACUGGGGGCAAUCCUGUAUGAGAUGCUUGUUGGGUAUCCUCCCUUCUGUUCAGAGCAUCCAAGAAUGACGGCGCGCAAGAUAAUCAGUUGGAGAACAUGCUUGAAAUUCCCAGACGAACCAAAAGUAUCAGAUGAGGCUAAGGAUCUGAUCUGUCGUUUAUUGUGUGAUGUUGAAUCAAGACUGGGGACCGGAGGAGUGGAAGACAUAAAGGCUCAUCCUUGGUUCAAAGGAGUCAACUGGGACAUGCUUUAUGAAAUGGAGGCUGCCUAUAAACCUAUUGUUACUGGAGAGUUAGAUACUCAAAAUUUUGAGAAGUUUCCUGAGGUAGAAGAUCCUUCUUCAACAACACCAAGAGUUGGACCCUGGCGAAAGAUGCUGACAUCAAAAGAUUCCAAUUUUAUUGGAUUUACUUUCAAGAAAUCAGAUAUCCUCAAAUCAGCUGAAACUUCAGGUAUAGAUAUGAGUUCAAAUGGACAUUCAAAGCCUCCCUCAUUAGUGUCCUUAUUCGGUAUGGUCGAAUAGACUUGCAAGAUACAAUAGAAGAAGACCAGAAAGAAGAACAACAGAUUCUAUGACUCCAAUUGCUUCUUCAUUUUGACAAGUAACGGCAAAUUUCUUUUGUACAAAAAGAGAAUAAACUUAUAAGCUUUGAGUUCUGCAUAAUAUUUGAGUUUUUGCCUUUUCCACUUUUGAUCUUACCCCAUCUGAUUAAUGUAAUAGUAAUUCUUAAUGUACAGACACCAUAACAUAUUCAAUCCUUGAUUUCUAAUUUUUCAUGAGAUUUAAAUUAACAGGAAAUUAUCAGCUUUUGCUAACUA